CUCAGCUGGGCCUGCAGAGGGGUGCUCAGCGCUGCUUCAGGACGGGCCUGCCCUGUGCUGCCUCAGGACGGGUCAUUUUAAGCUGCCAGAGCCACCUUCACAAGGGGGUCCACAGAACUCACAUAGGAGCCACCAUGAGAUCAGAACCCACCAAUGCAGCAGGAAACACCACACUGGGGGUUACCUCUGUUCUUCAGAGCACCUCAGUCCCUUCUUCUGAGACCUGCCACGUCUCCUACGAGGAGAGCAGAGUGGUCCUGGUGGUGGUGUACAGUGCUGUGUGCCUGCUGGGCCUACCAGCCAACUGCCUAACUGCCUGGCUGACGCUGCUGCAAGUCCUGCAGAGGAACGUGUUAGCCGUCUACCUGUUCUGUCUGUCCCUCUGUGAGCUGCUCUACAUCAGCACGGUGCCAUUGUGGAUCAUCUACAUCCAGAAUCAGCACAAAUGGAACCUGGGUUCGCAGGCCUGCAAGGUGACUGCUUACAUCUUCUUCUGCAACAUCUACAUCAGCAUCCUCUUGCUCUGCUGCAUUUCCUGCGACCGCUACAUGGCCGUGGUCUAUGCACUGGAGAGCCGAGGCCACCGCCACCAGAGGACUGCCGUCACCAUUUCUGCGUGUGUGAUUCUUCUGGUUGGACUUGUUAACUAUCCAGUGUUUGACAUGAAGGUGGAGAAGAGUUUCUGCUUUGAGCCCCUGAGGAUGAACAGCAAGAUAGCUGGCUACCACUACCUGCGUUUCACCUUUGGCUUUGCCAUCCCUCUCGGCAUCCUGGCGUUCACCAAUCACCAGAUCUUCCGGAGCAUCAAGCUCAGUGACAGCCUGAGUGCUGCACAGAAGAACAAGGUGAAGCGCUCAGCCAUCACGGUCGUCACCAUCUUCCUGGUCUGCUUUGCUCCCUACCACGUGGUACUCCUCGUCAAAGCUGCCAGCUUUUCCUUCUACCAAGGAGACAUGGAUGCCGUGUGUGCCUUUGAAAGCAGACUGUACACAGUCUCUAUAGUGUUUCUGUGCCUGUCUACAGUCAACAGUGUGGCUGACCCCAUCAUCUACGUGCUGGGUACAGACCACUCUCGGCAAGAAGUGUCCAGAAUCCACACAGGGUGGAAAAAGUGGUCCACAAAGACAUAUGUUACAUGCUCAAAGGACUCUGAGGAGACACACUCGCCCACAGAGCUUUCAAACACAUACACCUUCCCCAAUCCUGCGCACCCCCCAGGAUCACAGCCAGCGAAGCUAGGUUUACUGUGCUCGCCAGAGAGACUGCCUGAGGAGCUCUGCUAAGCCCACUCUUCCUCAAAACUAGCACCAGUCACACAUACCUGCUCCUCUGAGUCACCCUCUGGGGUGUCCACAGCACUAUAGAUGCCUUUGUUAGGGCACACACUGCUGAUCUUUCCUUCCUAAGGCCACCAACUCUGAAAGUAUCUGUUCUUUAGAUGUCCUCAGGCUCUCCUCUAUGGAAAGUGGGGCUUGCUAAGGAGCCUGUGGCUCUUAGGAGAGCUCUUUAUCAGCAGUGUGCUCUGCAGGGCUCCCAGCGGCCAUCAGCAGAGCACUUGGCAGAACACUUUAUUCCCCCAUUGUCCAGUGGCUAACACAGUUCAUCUUGGGGCUUUCCACUGAGAUGGAAGUGAACUGUGUUCAGAGUUACCACCAUGGGGAUAGGAGUCCAACCCUGCGGACUCCCACUGGGGGUUGGCUCUGAGUGGACAUAAUUGUCUUUUGGAGGAGCCAUGGAGCACGGUGGCCAAUUGCUCCAGCUCCUAGUAGCCCCGGAUAUCCUCGCCUGGGAUCCCUCAACCAUUUACAUUAGGAAGUGCUAGUGGACACCCCAGGAACAGGUUGGUAUAGCUGCUACCAGAUAAGGGGUUAUCUGGCAUCUGGCAUGUCUUUCUUUGCCUUGCAACUUCUGGCCUUGACAUCACAGAGGAGGUAGGCUGGGGCUCCUGAAAGGGCAAGCCAGGAGCAAGCCCCACUUUGCCCCGUUUUUCUCCAAUGUUGACUCUGAGUCAAAUCCCGGCUCUGUUCCAAGAGCCUUCCUUGUCUUGCUGAGUCAUUCCUGUGCUACCUCACUGGGUCACUCGCUGCUGGGACUGAAGCCGCCCCCGACCCCACCCCAUCGCAGAGGCUCCUGAUGCACUUGGAGUGCAAGGGCCAAGGACCCUGAGCUUGGUGGGCCUCGGAGCUGAUCCUCCUGAAGCACACACAUCACGGAUGCCGCACUGAGACUGUGACCUCAGAGUUAACUUCAGCUCUACCUUGGAAGAAGAACCGAGAAUAAGAACACAGACUUUCUUUCCUUGCUGUUGGGCAUUUUUGAUUGUUUUUUUUUGAGACGAGGUUUCUUGUACCUCAGACUGAUCUUAAACUCACUAAGUAACAUAGGAUGGCCUGUUUUCUCCUGAUUCUGUCUGUUGUCCCCAUCUCUUGGGGUGGAAUUACAAGGAUGCACCACCAGCCUCUGACUUCCUCUUCAGUGAUGUUUGCUUGUUUGUUUGUUUGUGUGGAUGUGUUGGCAGAGCCGUGUGUGUGUGUGUGUGUGUGUGUGUGUGGUGCGAGCACACACAGUCUCAUGCACUAAGGCCAAAGGUUGACACCGGACAUUUUCCUUGAUAUCUUCUUUAAGUGUGAGAGUCAGGGUCUCACACUGAA